AUGCCCAGCUGCUCCUGUGCUUCAGAUGGAUCCUGCUCCGGCUCCUGCAAAUGCACCUCCUGCAAGAAAAGCUGCUGCUCCUGCUCUCAGGGCUGCAUCUGCAAAGACGCUUCGGACAAGUGCAGCUGCUGCGCCUGAAGUGGGGGCAUCCUCUCAACUGUGUAAAUAGAAUAUGUAGAAACCUAGCCUUUUUGUACAACCCUGACCUUUUGUACAACACCUUUUUCUAUAAAGCAUGUAACUGACAAUAAAAAAAAGUUGACUUGAUUUAAAAAAAAAAAAAAGGCAGCUUGUAGAGGAGUUGGUCCUCUCCUUCCUCCAUGCGAGUUCUGGGGAUUGAACUUAAAAGUCAUUGGGCUUGGUGGUAAGUACCUUUACCCAAUGAGCCAUCUACCUGUCCCAAUUCAAACUACUUUUUUUUGCUUGUUUGGGUUUUUUGUUUUUUGUUUUUGUUUUUUGAGACAGGGUUUCUCUGUAUAGCCCUGGCUGUCCUGGAACUCACUUUGUAGACCAGGUUGCCUGCCUCUGCGUCCCGGGUGCUGGGAUUAAAGGCGUGCGCCACCACGCCCGGCUUCAAACUACUUUUUAAGUUUUUACUUUUAGACCCUUUCUUGACUUUUCUGACAUUCUCAGAGAAAAAUUGAUACCUGCUGGAAAACAAAAUUGAGCUUUUCUUUGCAGUGUGCUUUGGUUUUAAUUGCCUUGAUUCAGUUGCUGCCAAUGAGUUAGUUGUGGUCCAGUUUUUUUCCACUUCUUUUUUUGGGGGGGGGGGGGUUCGAGACAGGGUUUUUUUUUGUAAAGCCCUGGCUGUCCUGGAACUCACUUUGUAGACCAGGUUGGCCUCGAACUCAGAAAUCCACCUGCCUCUGCCUGGGAUUAAAGGCGUGCACCACCACACCUGGCUACUUUUCCCCUUCUUUUGAGAGAGAGUAUGAUAUAUACAUAUAUAUAUAUAUGUAUAUAUCAUACACACAAGCUGGCCUUAGAUUCACUUUGUAACUAAGGCAGAUCUUGAACCCAUUGUCCCCUGGCUGCUACUUCUUGGAUAUAAGAAUUAAAAGUGCAUACUAUGCCUGUCCAGUUUUAGUUGUGGUGGGUGUUUUGUUUCUUUGUUGGGAGGGCGGUGGUGGUUUCUGUUUAUAGCCCUGGCUGUCCUGGAACUUGUCCUGUAGACUAGGCUGGCCUCAAACUCAGAGAUCUACCUGCCUCUGCCUCCUAAGUUGUGUUUAAUUAUUACUGUUUAACCUCUUGAAACACAGUCUUCCUUUGUAGCUUUUUCUGGCUUUGAGCUUGAAAUCCUCUUUUCUUAGUUUUCUGAGUACUCAGUUACUGGCAUGUGCCACCAGCCCUGGGCAGUGUCAUUCUUUUUCUAUCUCUUUUUCACAAUGUCACUUAGAACUGUGUGUUCCUCAGUACUUCUUAGCAUGCUCAUAUUGUUGAGUUUUUUUGUUUGAAGGACAUACUGUGCCUCCCACCUGAAAGGGGCAUAGUUAGAAUGAUUUUCAGUAUUCCAAAUUAGAAGAACAAUGAGGUGUUCAGCAAACAAACUAGCUUGGGUUUUUGUUGUUGUUUGUUGUAGAGAGUUUAGCUUUUGACUUUGCUGGAUUUUUAUUUGUUUUUUAACCUUUGGCUUUCAUCCUUACCAAACUAGUUCCUAAGAGCAUUUUUACCUUGUGAAACAUUUAAGUUGUACUGUUGGUAAACACUGGAUUGAGUCUUUGUGAUACCUUGUCUAUGACUUGUUCAGGCAAAACUAGUCAGAGGAAUGUAUGUCCGGUUAGCCUCUAGCAUCCACAAAUUAUAUGUGUACUUGAGACACUGCAGUCAGUCACACAGUGUCUUUUGGUUUCUUGUCUGCUGAAUGAUGUCAUCUCAUCUCCAAAGGAAAUGCUGCUUUUCUGAAAGAGUUGGGAGAGGCUUUGACAUUGAGGCCAAAGCUGAUUGUUCCACAUACUAGGGAGGCCCAACUCACUUCAGAGUUCUCUACUCUCUGAACAUAUUUUCAUUUAAAUUGUCACCUUUAUUUUUGAAGAUUUGCUUUUAUUAAGUUUAUAUGUAUCUGUGUGUAUCAUGUCAGUGAAUGCUAUUUGUGUGCCAGUGUCUGCCAAGGCAAGAAGAG